AUGUACCCAACUACCUCUAGUGGCCGUCGAGCAAUGACACGAUCUCCAAGUACCACAGCUGUGGAUGGAUACUUGGUUUUCGUAGGGUUUCUUCUGGUAGGACCAACUGGGUCAGUGAGCGAGCACCUUAUGGGGAGUACGGAGUACGGCCAAGCCCAAGCAACACCAGAGUCUUUUUUUCCAACGUUGGCAUCAGGACCUGUGAGCGGACCACUUACCCCUUCCACUAACUCCAGCUACUUUUUGAGUUUCGGUCUUGGAGAGCGAGGGACGAAGAACAGACAGUGGGCAUCGACCAUUGACCAUCAACCUCCAACGCACUGGGACUGCACCUUGCUGCUUCUAAGCGCGUCGCGCAGUGAUCCUACUGGCUGUGUGCAGUUGGACCUGGCGGGAAGGGGGGUGAGGGGUGGUUGA